CGGAGCUUCACCCGGAAGUGAAAAUAGCGGCACUACCACUACUACAGUCAUCAAUAGACAAAAUUACCCAAUCUUCAACCUAAAUUUGUGUUGACUAAGUCCUGUUGUAAUUUCCUGGGAAGUGUCGAAACUACUGUAGUGGUACAGGUGACGAAUUGAAGACUUGAAGUUCGUAAAUUCAGGGUUUAGUUAGGACUAAUAAAUUCUAGAAACUAUGUCGUACGGGUACGGUCAACAGCAACAAGGUUACGGCCAACCGCCAGCACAACCUGGUGUUGACCAAAACUGGUUGUCUGGUAUCUUUCAGAGGAUCGAUGGAGAUCGGAGCGGAGCUAUAUCUGCCAACGAAUUGCAAAGAGCCUUGUCUAAUGGCACCUGGACCCCAUUCAACCCAGAGACUGUCAGGCUGAUGAUUGGCAUGUUUGACAGGGAUAACUCUGGUACCAUCAACUUCCCGGAGUUCAUGUCCUUGUGGAAGUAUGUGACUGACUGGCAGAACUGCUUCCGCUCUUAUGACCGUGACAACUCGGGGUCCAUUGACAAGAAUGAGCUGAGGACUGCUCUCACUGGCUUUGGUUAUCGUCUGUCAGAAAAAUUUUACGACAUCCUCAUCAGAAAGUUUGACAGGCAGGGAAGAGGGACCGUGGCCUUUGAUGACUUUGUUCAGUGCGCUGUUGUUUUGCAGACCUUGACAAGCUCCUUCAGAGCCUACGACACAGAUCAAGAUGGCUGGAUUCAGAUUUCCUAUGAGCAGUUCCUCACACUUGUUUUUAGUCUGAGGAGUUAAUUUCGUGUAUUUCUAUAGACAUUUGUCCAACUCUUAAGCAAAUUAAGAUAUGAAGGAUUGCUUAAAUCUUUGUCAUCUUCCAACAUUUUUUCCUUCUGAGUGCUGAACAAUAAUGGGCCGUUACUAAAUAUUUUAGUGACUCAUAUUGUCUUAUGAAAUUUCUUUCGUUUUGUUGAAAUAUUGUGUCGAAUACUAUGUGAUAUACAACAAGAUGACCUGUCUUUUUGAGAUAUUAUCUGUGAGUGUUGUGCUCUUGAAAGUGGAUUUUCUUUGAAUGGAAUACAAGUGAGAGAGUUAUGAGCAAAUCCUAGAUACUCUCGACUGUUUUUAUGUUUAUGGUAAUUAUUAAUGUACCUUAUAUUUAAAAAGUGUUCUUUGACUGUUGUUUCUACCUGUUCUCAAAAUCCCUGUCCACUUUAUAUAUUGUCAUACUGCACCUUUCUUUAAAAGAAAUAUGUCAACCUCCACAUUACUCAAAUAUUUUAUAUAAAAGCCGAGUAUUUGUAGUCAGGUUUUUUAGUGUACUGGUCCAGGAAUCUGUAAGAUGAAAGUUAGAUAUAAUGAAGAUGUUCUGUGCGUAUAUUAGAAGAAAAACUUGCCCCAUUCAUUCUGUAAAUGAUCAUAAAAAUAUGAUAAAGAAACAAAAAGGCCUGUUUGAUGGAUAAAUGAUACCUUUUCAAAGAGCCGUUGAACGCUUAACAAUUCUGCUUACGGAGUAUUAAUGCAGGGACUAGUGCAGGAAAAUUUGAGUUGGAAGCUGUUUUGAACUUUUAAAAAUAUUUAUUUUAAUAGUCAAGUCAGAGUACCAAAGAGUGAAGAUGGAGAUUGAAGACUCCUUAAAAGAUGAAUGUCAUGCUCAAUACGUUUGUUUUCUUCUCCUUGAUACUUCCACUGUGUAACCCUACAUUGUUGGAGUAUCAUCAUUUUUAUUUUUAUGAUUUGAACGUAUAUUGAAGUGUAUUUUUGUAGUCCUUCGUCAGACUCGUGUCAAUCUAAAGUAGAAGCAAGUAGCAAAAUGUCUUAUUUUGUUUAGUACAAUGUUUUGCGCUCAGUGUUGUCUGUUUAAGGUACAUCGUCAUUAUGAUAGGGCACGCUGUGUUUAAAUCAUGCUUCGACCAGUUCUUGACAUUUUGGUUUAUUCUCUUUUUUCAACGACUUCACUGCUCUCUUUAGAAAAUGGUCCAUUGUUUUCACUCUUAUCCAUCUGUUUGCACCUCACAAUUUGUUUAAAAUGCAAAAUGAGAAAUGGCUGUUAAACAUAACUCUUUGUCAUACUAAUCUCACUUCUUUGAUGCUUUUCCUCUGCUUACUUACAAUGGUUAUUUAGCUGAAACACCAUGAGUAUAUAUUGAUCACACAUUAAUAUUCAGAUGGUUAUGGACAGCAGUUUUUUCAUGUGUAGUAUUGAAAACACUUUAAACACUAUACUUUUUGCGCACAUUAAAAUUCAACUGAAAUACUGAGAAACGUCCUUGUUCUUCAACUGUUAACUCUACUAAAGGGACCUUGAAUACAUAAUAAUUAACAUUUGUUAUUCCAACUAGGUUUUCAUAUAUGAUAUACAUAUAUAUGCCAUCUGAUCCAUCCAUCGUGAAUGACUUGAGGAAUAAAUCUCGUAAAGAAGAGGAAAUGUGUAUAAUUUUUUUUUAAGUGAACAGUUUUUGUGUGCAUAUUAUCAUUUGAAGGAGUUAAUGUAUUGAAAAUGUGCUAGUUCCUCCUUGAGGAUGUGAAAUAGGUUUGUUUGUACUCCAAAGUUUUAGUCAAGCUUGUUGUUUAACUACAAAGAAAGUGUUUGGUAGAAAAACAGUGUCACAAGAUACAGAAAGUAGAAAUAGAAAUAUUCUCCUGUAUAACCGAUUUGGAUAUAAGCCAUUUGCAUGAUCCCAAAAAAUAUUGGAUACCAUCAAAGUUCUGUCAUAAUCUUUUAGAAGUUGUUUUGUAUUUUUAUAUACUUCAGUGUUCACGUCCUUUUUUAAAGUUAAAGUAGAUUUAGUGUGAAAUGCCAGCAUCUGUGAGGAGUUCUGCCGUUGCAUGCAAAAAGACUCGUUUUGAUUCCCAAGUGAGGAGAAAUUUUGUCAAGUAUCUUCGGUCUUCCUACUGAGAAUAAUCCCUCUCAGGCUGGGUUGAAGCCUACCUCCUAAAUGAUCUAAAGUGUAUCAAUGGGGGCUUGAAAAUUAAAAACAUCUACAUUUUUGUGGUCUGGGUUUUGGUGUGAAAUAAUUCAAAUAUCAUCUCUCAUCAUGUUUUGUCAUACAAUUUCUUUUUUAAGCUUAUUAUUACAUUAUAAUUAUAUGCUUUUGGUAAAUAUGGAGCUGUAUAAUAAAUACAAUUCUUUAAGUUUC